AUGGCAUCUGAAUCUGAUAUAAUUGAUAAAAUAGCAAGCGUGAGUUUGACAGAAGAAGAAGAAACUAGCAUCAUGAUAGAAGACUCCGAUGAAGAGAAGGGCAUUGAAGAAGUGAUUACAGAACUUGGAGUUGCUGGGAAAAUAAUUUCAGGUAGACUUGGCUCGGCUAGGGUUAUGAAAAACAUCUUGAAAGAAGUAUGGCGGCUAAAAAAAGAUUUUGAUGACAGAAUCAACCAAGAAGGUAUUAUGCUAUUACGGUUCUAUUGCUACGAAGACAGGGAUAGGGUUCUCCUUGGAGGCCCCUGGCAUUAUGAGAAGCAACUUAUUGUGUUCAAGGAAAUACCACCAGACUUACAAACAAAGGAAAUAGACUUCUCGUCAACAGAGUUAUGGACUCAGAUCCGAAAGGUCCCGCUGAAGCUUAGAAAUAAUAAUAUUGCAACGAAAAUUGGGGGAAUGUUUGGCUCUUUCCUUAAGUGGGAUGAACUUCAUUCCGGACAAGAUAGUAACUAUCUGAGAAUUCGUGUCUCUAUCAACAUCAAAAAGCUACUUCGUAGAUUUGUGAAGUUGGAGGGGUCACAAGGCCCUGUCUCAUAUAAGGUAGCCUAUGAAAAGCUUCCAAUCUAUUGUUACUGUUGUGGAAUCUUGGGACACAUGAAGAAUGGAUGCCCGAAAAAGUUGGAGAACCCAAACUCUGAGAUAAAAGAAGAAUAUGGAAUAUGUCUCCGUGCUGAAUCUCCACUAAAAAGAGUCGAUCUGAAGCUCAAGGAGGAGAAGAAGAGGAUGGACUUCCUGUGGAAUGAAUUGAAAGAAGGAAAAAUAACAAAAGGACCCCGAAGCAAAAAAGUGGAACAGAUGGAGAAGCAAAUGGAGGGGACAGUACAAGACCCGGAAGGCAGAAAGGUGGUUACCAAUAUGGGAAUCGAGGCUAGUCAUGAGGUUGAGUCAAGCGAGAUCAGUACAAAGAAGCUGGUGAAUGAGCUACAAAUUAUUAGUUUUAAGGAGUCAAACACACAGGACAUCGAAGAGGAGAGAACUUCCCCCCAAGGGAAUAGAAACAACGAAUCUAAAAGGGAAUAG